UGACCGAGAGCAUAGGAUAGGAAGUUAGGAAGAAAAACUUGGUUGGCGCAGACAAGGAAGAAACCUAAGCGGAAGCCGAAGAGCAAACAAAUUUAACAGACACGGCGUGUGUGUCUGUUUUAGGGAACACGGCGAUGGUGUUCUCUUCGAACCCCUUAUCCCUGAGCGUCCCCGAACCCGCCUUCGAGUCAUGGCUCCGCGACACCGGCUUCCUCGAAGUCCUCGACCACCGCACCUCCUCCUCCGCCGCAGCCGCCUCCCCCGCUCCCUCCUCCGCCGCCUCCACCCUCUUCUCCCGCCUCUUGACCUUCCUCUCCCUCUUCACCCUCAACGCCUUCGCCAAGCUCGCCGCCGAUGACUUCGCCGCCGACACCCCCUCCUGGUCCCGCUCCUUCUUCGCCUUCUCCGAUUCCUACUCCUUCCCUUCCUCCCCCUCACAGGCGCGAUUGAGAGUUCAGGAAAACGUGAAACGCUACGCCCGCAACUACGCCUAUUUGUUCAUUGUUUUCUUCGCCUGCACUCUGUAUAAGAUGCCGGUUGCUCUUGUCGGGUUGGUAUUGUGUUUGGCAUUGUGGGAUUUCUUCAAGUUUUGUAGCCACAGAUGGGGAUUGGAGCAGUAUCCCUUGACGCGCCAGAUUUUGAUUCGUGUUGUGCAAUGUGCAACUGCGGUUAUUCUAAUCUUUUCCAAUGUUCAAAUGGCUCUCUUUUGUGCCAUAUGCGUCAGCUAUGUAGGAAUGAUACUUCAUGCUGGAUUUCGAAAGUUGACCCCUGUAAAGCAACCUUCAGUGAGCAGAGGUAGGUAGUUGACUAAUCAAUGAAACUGUGGUGAACGCUUUGUCCAGCACAUCUUACUUCGGUGAUUCAAGGGCCUUUGUUAUAGAAGAUUCCUGUGCUUACAAUGUAGAGUUUAAGGGACAGGACUUUGGUACAGAAGAUUGAGCAAUGUACAAAAGGGUGGAUUAUAUACUUGUGGAUUAACAUUGAUCAAUUGUUUAGAAUAAAUUCUUUGAAUUGUUACAUAUAUCAAUUAUUGAGAUUAUUAAUUUAUUCAUAGCACUUGACUAGUUGAUGCAAUUGUAAUUGAGUUUUUGUUUUGGGUGA